AUGGCAGUUCCACUAGCGACCAUUGACGGAUUUCCAUAUUGUCAAUUCGAUAUCAAAAACCAAGAUGAAUUCAAACGUGUUUCUGAAUUGAUUUCAACUCACUUGUCUGAACCAUAUUCAAUCUAUGUUUAUUGGUAUUUUUUGAACAACUGGCCACAAUAUUGCUUCAUUGUCAAGCAUGAAAAUCAUAUAAUUGGUGUCAUAAUAUCUAAGCUUGAACCACAUCGGGGAGUCCGAAUGAGGGGGUACAUUGGUAUGUUGGUGAUUGACCCCAAUUAUAGAAAAAAAGGCAUCGCUAGUAACUUGGUGAAAUUGACUAUUGACAAAAUGAUCAAGGACAAUGCCGAUGAGAUUAUGUUAGAAACAGAGGUAAUAAACAAUGGUGCAUUGAGGUUGUAUGAAAGUUUGGGUUUUCUACGAACGAAAAGGUUAUACCGUUAUUAUUUGAACACACAUGAUGCGUAUAGACUUAUCCUACCGUUAAGCUACAAGUCACACACAAGAAUCGCGUUCCUACCAGCUGUUCAGCUGUGA